AUGGGCUGCAUGACAAGCUAUGUGGUGUCUGCCGUGAGCAGUCGCAGAAGAAGUCAGGUGGUGGUGCAACAGAUGUCGGGGCAUAGGAUUGACCCAAGUCGUCAAAAAAAGAUCCACAGAUCUGCCUAUUGUGGGAAAAGCAAAUAUUGUAGAAUUAUGCCCGAGAGGAUCCACACUGGAAAAAAGCCUUAUCAGUGUUCCCAAUGCAGCAAAAGCUUUAGUCAGAACAGCUUCCCAGUUGUUCAUGGAAAGACUCACACAGGAGAGAAACCCUUUGAAUGUCUCAAUGUGUGCCGAUUCCUUGCAGUCCACAAAACACCUCCCCUUUCUUCACUGUCCCUACAAGACAGCUAUGGCUCGAAAGCCUCCCGGCAGCAGUUCGUUAGGCUAAAUUUUGCACGGCUCAUCAGAGCCUAUUUUCCAGUCCAUUCCCACUGCAACGUCAACAUCAACCGGAAAUUGUGGAAAGGUUUCAGAAAUUCCAUCCUGAGACACAAGACCACACAUACAGGAGAGAAACCCUUUGAAUGUCCUGUCUGUGGGAAAAGCUUUAGUGAUAAUUCCAGCCUGGUGAGACACCAGAGGACUCACACAGGAGAGAAACCCUUUGAAUGUCCUCAUUGUGGGAAAAGUUUUAGUCUGAGUUCCAGCCUGGUGAGACACCAGAGGACUCACACAGGAGAGAAACCCUUUGAAUGUCCUAUCUGUGGGAAAAGUUUUAGUGAUAAUUCCAGCCUGUUGACACACCAGAGGACUCACACAGGAGAGAAACCCUUUGAAUGUCCUAUUUGUAGGAAAGGUUUUUGUGAUAAUUCCAGCCUAGUGAAACACCAGAGGACUCACACAGGAGAGAAACCCUUUGAAUGUCCUAUCUGCGGGAAAAGUUACAGUCAGAAUUCCCACCUGGUGAUACACCAGAGGACUCACACAGGCGAGAAACCCUUUGAAUGCCCUAUCUGUGGGAAAGGCUUUAGUGAUAAUUCCAAUCUGCUGACACACCAGAGGACUCACACAGGAGAGAAACCCUUUGAAUGUCCUGACUGUGGGAAACGUUACAGUCAGAAUUCCAGCCUGGUGAAACAUCAGAGGACUCACACAGGAGAGAAACCCUUUGAAUGUCCUAUCUGUGGGAAAAGCUUUAGUGAUAAUUCCAAUCUGCUGACACACCAGACGACUCACACAGGAGAGAGACCCUUUGAAUGUCCUGACUGUGGGAAACGUUACAGUCAGAAUUCCCACCUGGUGAUACAUCAGUGGACUCACACAGGAGAAAAACCCUUUGAAUGUCCUAUCUGUGGGAAAAGUUGUAGUGAUAACUCCAAUCUUCUGACACACCAGAGGACUCACACAGGAGAGAAGCCCUUUGAAUGUCCUGACUGUGGGAAACAUUUUAGUCAGAAUUCCCACCUGGCGAUACACCAGAGGACUCACACAGGAGAGAAACCCUUUGAAUGUCCUAUCUGUGGGAAAAGUUUUAGUAAUAAUUCUAGCCUGGUGAAACACCAGAAGACUCACACAGGAGAAAAACCCUUUGAAUGUCCUGACUGUGGGAGAUGUUUCAGUCGUAAUUACACGCUGGUGAUACACCAGAGGACUCACACAGGCGAGAAACCCUUUGAAUGUCCUGAUUGUGGGAAAAGUUUUAGUCACAGUUCCAGCCUGGUGACACACCAGAGAACUCACACAGGAGAGAAACUCUUUGAAUGUCGUAUCUGUAGCAAAGAUUUUCGUGAUAAUUUCAACCUGGUGAAACACCAGAGGAUUCACACAGGAGAGAAACCCUUUGAAUGUCCUAUGCGCAGGAAACGUUUCAGUCAGAAUUCCCACCUAGUGAUACACCAGAGGACUCACACUGUUGAGAAAUCUUUGAGGUGUCCUCCAGAAGCUAAAAGUAUUCUAAUUAGCUGAGAAACAGUUUGGACAGAGCUUGCAUGGGCUGCACGACAAGCUAUGUGGUGUCUGCCGUGAGCAGCCGCAGAAGAAGUCAGGCGGUGGUGCAACAGGUUUUGGGGCAUGGGUGGCCUGGCUGCGAUGGUCCCAAGCUUACAGACAAGGAAGACAAAACCAGGAAAAGAGUUUUGAGCUGGAGAAAUCUCUGAGUAUCUAGAAGAAAUAUAUCAAAAUAUCAAGGGGCAUAAUUUCCUAGUUCAGAAAAAGAGGGAAAUAUCUGGAAGUCAGUGGGAAAGAAAAGGUCACUUGGACAGCUAGGUAAGGCAGACCGUAAUGCAGGCCUCACCCUGUGAGGAAGGAAAUAGCUUGAAUCAACGCUCCAUCCAAGAAGGGAUUCAGAGUAUUUUUGACAUCCUUGACAAUCCAAGAAUGUCAGUGAUGGAAAAGAUCCACAGAUCUGCCUAUUGUGGGAAAAACAAAGAUUGUAGAAUUAUGCCCGAGAGGAUCCACACUGGAAAAAGCCUUAUCAGUGUUCCCAAUGCAGCAAAAGCUUUAGUCAGAACAGCUUCCCAGUUGUUCAUGGAAAGACUCACACCAGAGAAAAACACUACCAGUUGUCUCAAUGUGGCAAAAGCUAUAGCAAGCAGGCCAAGCUGAUAAUACACCAGAGGACUCACACACAGAGAAACCGUACAUAUGUCCAGAUUGUGGGAAAUGUUUCAGUCAGAAUUCCAAUCUGGUGAUACACCAGACAAAACACACAGGAGAGAAUCCAUCUGAAUUUCUGGUUUGUGGAAAAAGUUUUUGUCAGAAUUCCCAUCUGGUGAUGGACCAAAAGACUCAGACAGGAGAGAAACCGUAUGAGUGUCCAGAUUGUGGAAUAUGUUUUAGUCAGAAUUCUGAUUUGGUGAGACACCAGAGGACUCACACAGGAGAGAAACCAUAUGAUUGUCCAGAUUGUAAGAAAAAAUUCAGUGAAAAUUCCAGUUUGGCAAUACACCGGAGGAUUCACACAGGAGACAAACCAUAUGACUGUUCGGAUUGUGGAAUAAGUUUCAUUCAGAAUUCUGAUUUGGUGAGACACCAGAGGAUUCACGCAGGACAAACCUUUUAAAUGUCCAGCCUGUAGACGUUACUUCAGACAUAAAUCAUCCCUUAUUGCACACAAAGAAAUAUAUAUGAGGCAAGAGUAGAUGAGUUUAGAGAAGGCUUUUCAUUUGUAAUCUCCCAUUGAAAGUGGGGGUGAGAAAUUGACUAUUUGAAUUCUGGCCUGAUUCUUUUUACUCAAACAUAUCUCAGGAUUAGAUUUAUAGAUGGAGAGAAAAGGGAAAUGGAAAAAGGCUCACUUUUCUGGUUAGCAGUAGGAUGUUUUGUUUCUGGUUAUAGGCAGCAGUUUCUGGAUAUUUCCUUUGGUAGAAGUAGUGAAAUUCGUCAUUAUGGCUUCUGGGUGAUAGUUUUGAAGAUUGAUUAACUCCUAUAUGUGGAGUUUCAGUCUUCUACCUUGGUUUCCUCCAGAUUUUUAGCCCCAGAAUUCCCCAGCCAGCAUAUAAGUAGUCCUUAAGAUACAACUGUCAUGGCCUUGCAACUACAUUGCAUGUAAUGGCUGUUAAGUGAGAUCGCUUUUCUUAACUACCUGGAUCCCCUGCUCUCUCUGAUGCUGCCAUUAAUUGAGUACUGGCUACCUUGGGGCUGGUGAAAACUCUUGGAGGUCUAGAGCAGGGCCAGGCUUGCCUGCCACAAGCAUCUCUAGACCUUCCCACCCUCCAAGGCACCCUGUGCUCUGUUUCCUAUUCCUGGUCCUUCCUCCAGGGUCCCCACAGGUUUCUUCUCACUCACGCUGGAUCUUUGCAGUCCUUAGGUCUGACUCCCACUCCACCAGGCCUCACACCCUCUUCCUCCUCCUCCUUCCCUUUUGAAGAUCUCUGAUCCUCAUGUUGAGGAAGGACAGGUAUCCCUGGGCCUCAUGACUGUGUCCUGGAAGCAGCCACCAUUUUCAGUGGGCACCGGAUUCAUCCCUGGGCCAUGCGGUGGACUUGUGGAAGCGGCUGCCAUUUUGCCACACUGUCCGCAUUGUCGUACAGAAGAGGGACAAACAUCUUUUUGGCUACCUUAAGAUGAGAGAAAAACGUACAGUUGAAAAUGUUUCAUUUUUAAAAAUGCCUCAUGUUAGAAGUCUCAGUAACUUUUGACAAGGAAAAAAAAAUGGGUAUUGUCAGUUUUGCUAUGAACAUUAGGGCAAGGCAAGAAGCUCAGAGUUGCCUCAAACUGCAAGAUGGGCAAAGUUUAAAAAUAAAUGAAUUUAAUAAUAAAAAGGUAAUGUAAAGCUUAUUUCGUCACUCUUGCUCAAUGAUGAGAUCUCCAUAGAUACAGUGGUUUUCUAACACACAAUUGUUAACUUGUAUUUUCCUUUUUUUAAAAAGGUCAAAAUUUCUUUAAAGUUUUCCAAAUAUCCCUACAAGUAAAGAGAGGAACUUUAUUUGGAGUAAUGAACAGAUAUUUAAACUAUGCAGAUGAAUGAUCCUGAUUUUGCCGAGUUUAGAAGUCACCAAAGAAGAAUAAGUUUGUUCAUUUCACUAACACAAUUCAGAGGACUGGUUCCACUUUUUUUUUCUAGUGGAUCAUACUGUUGGUAGGUAGGGAAGGCUGUUACAGCAUGCUACACAGGAAGUGCUUUGUAUGCCAUCUUGAAUUCCUGAAUGAAAAGGAAAUAAAAUAUACCCUGCAGUUCUUUUAUUCCAGAUUCCUCCAUGCAACAAAGCUCAGAACCAAUAGCUAAAAGACCACUAAAGGUAAAGGUUCCCCUCGCACAUAUAUGCUAGUCGUUCCUGACUCUAGAGGUUGGUGUUCAUCUCC